GAAGGGAGACAACCAUUCGCGGGAAUGACAGAGGUCAAAGGUUAAAUAAUAUAGCCGAGACCGGAGAGCGAAAAUGGCCGGCGACCAGAAACAGUUUGAGACCUUAUUAGAGGCUUUGAUGAGCCCCGAGAAUGAUAAAAGAACAGAGACUGAGGACAUUUAUGACAAGAUUGAUAUUUCACAGAAAGUCACUUACCUAGUUACAGCCUUGAGAAGUGCGGACAAUGCAAUUGAGGUUCGAACUUUAGCAGCUGUUUUGUUGCGGCGCUUGUUUACCAAUGACUUUAAUGAAUGGUGGCCAAAGAUUUCUCCGGAACUUCAGGCAGGGGUCAAAACAGAACUUAUGAAAGGUAUUCAAGAGGAGUUGACGCCCCCUGUGAAGAGAAAAGUGUGUGAUGCUACUGCCGAGUUGGCCAGAAAUUUGAUUGAUGAAAGUAACACACAGACCUGGGGGGACUUUCUAAAGUUUAUGUUUGAGUGUGCUAGCGCAGAGGACGUUAGUUUGAAAGAAAGUGCACUUCAUAUAUUCAGUGUGGUGCCUGGAAUAUUUGGAGACGCCCAAACCCAAUAUUUAGAUGUGAUAAAACAGAUGUUGGCUCAGAGCCUGGCGGUCCAGGAUGCACCCAGUGUCGGAUUCGAGGCUGUGAAAGCCCUUACAGCAUUUCUCACCACAAAUGAAGGGGAGGCCUCGAUUGUACACCAUUUUCGAGAUUUACUUCCAGGAGUCAUACAAGCUGUUUCGGAAAGUGUUAACCAGCAGGAUGACGACACUGUAUUGAAAUGUUUAAUAGAACUGGCAGAAAAUGUGCCAAAAUUUCUUCGGCCACAAGUGGAAAAUGUCCUUACAUUUGCAAUGAAGGUGUUGUCUGAUACUAACUUGCCAGAUACUUGGAGGCAGCUAGGACUGGAGGCAAUUGUUACACUGGCUGAGUCUGCACCAGGAAUGGUCAGGAAAUGUGCAAAACUUAUACCAAUGUUAGUACCCCAAGUGUUGGCUAUGAUGGUAGAUCUGGAAGAAGAGGAGGAUUGGGCAGUACAGGACGAGGUAGAUAAUGAAGAUGAGGACAGUAACUCAGUGGCUGGAGAAAGUGCCUUAGACAGACUGUGUUGUGCCCUUACAGGAAAAACCAUGUUACCGCAUGUACUAGCUAAUGUACCGCAGAUGUUGCAAAACAGUGACUGGAGGUACAGGCAUGCAGCUUUGAUGGCAGUGUCAGCAUCGGGAGAGGGUUGUCAUGCACAGAUGGAGCAUAUGCUCGGCAGCAUUUUAGAGGGUAUUCUCCCUUUCUUGAAAGAUCCACAUCCUAGAGUAAGGUAUGCAGCCUGUAAUGCUAUAGGGCAACUCUCCACUGACUUUGGUCCCAAUUUCCAGAAGAAAUUUCAUGAAAAGGUUGUACUUGAAGUGUUGUCUGUGAUGGAUGAUGACUCAAACCCCAGGGUACAGACACAUGGAGCAGCCGCCCUAGUCAACUUCAGUGAAGAUUGCCCAAAAGGAAUCCUUGUACAGUAUAUUGAUGCAAUAAUGAACAAACUAGAAAAAGUGCUGUCUAAUAAAAUGAAAGAGCUAAUGGAGAAAGGUACAAAGAUGGUUCUUGAACAGAUGGUGACCACACUGGCUUCAGUGGCAGAUACAGCAGAGGAAAAAUUUACAAAUUAUUAUGACAGAUUUAUGCCAGUUCUGAAGUAUAUAGUACAACAUGCAGACAACACAAACUACAAAUUAUUGAGAGGAAAGACAAUAGAAUGUAUCAGCUUGAUAGGUUUAGCAGUAGGCAGGGAAAAGUUUAUGCAGGAUUGCAGUGAUGUGAUGCAGUUAUUGUUGAAAACACAGACAGAUAUGACUGACCUUGCUGAUGAUGAUCCACAGAUUUCGUACAUGAUUGCAGCAUGGGCAAGAAUGUGUAAAAUACUCGGCAAAGAUUUUGAGCAAUACCUUCCAUUAGUUAUGGGCCCUGUACUACGAGCAGCAUCUUUGAAACCAGAGGUGGCUGUAUUGGACAGUGAAGAUCUUCCAGAGGUUGAAAAUGAUACAGACUGGCAGUUUGUUACCCUCGGUGAUCAGCAAAGUUUCGGUAUCAAAACAGCUGGUCUAGAGGAGAAAUCCACAGCCUGUCAGAUGUUGGUAUGUUACGCAAGAGAGUUAAAGGAGGGGUUUGCAUCAUAUACAGAAGAAGUAGUCAAUAUAAUGGUGCCACUGCUUAAGUUCUUUUUCCACGAUGAGGUAAGAACGUCAGCGGCAGAAAGUUUACCAUACCUCAUAGAAUGUGCACAGAUCCGGGGAGAAAAAUAUGUAGAGGAAAUGUGGAAAUACAUUUGUCCAAAUCUUCUGAAAGCCAUAGAGCUGGAACCAGAAAUAUCUGUCUUACCAGAACAUAUGGGAGCUUUAGCUAAAUGUAUAGAAAUUCUGGGAAAAGGAUGUUUAAACCCGGAGAUGAUGAAUCAGUUAAUGCAAAUAUUAGAUAAACAGUUAAAAUCACAUUUUGAAAGACAACAUGAACGACAAGAGAAAAGAAAAGACGAAGAUUACGAUGAUGUUACAGAAGAGCAACUGAUGGAAGAGGAUGAUGAAGAUGUAUAUAUUCUUAGUAAAAUAUCUGAUAUAAUUCACUCAUUAUAUGGAACGUAUAAAGAGGACUUCAGUGUGCACUUUGAUACCUUGCUGCCUUAUUUCGUCAAACUUGUGGGUCCUGACAGACCAUGGCCAGACAGGCAGUGGGGUCUUUGUAUAUUUGAUGAUGUUCUUGAACAUGAAGGACCUCGGUCUGUGAAAUAUCAGGAAUUUUUCCUACAAAGUUUACUCAAUAGUGUCUGUGAUAAACAAGCGGAGGUGAGGCAGGCCGCUGUAUAUGGUGUGGGCAUUAUGGCAAUGUUCGGAGGAGAUGCAUAUGUUCAUAUAUUUCCAGAAAUUAUGCCACGAUUAUUACAAGUGAUACAAGAUCCAGAAUCGAGAUCCGUGGAAAACAUGAAUCCCACAGAGAAUGCUAUAUCAGCUGUUACAAAGAUCUGUAAAUACCAUGGUGAUAAAGUUAACCUAACAGAGUUACUUCCCAUGUGGCUGUCAUGGUUACCAGUAACAGAAGAUGAAGAUGAGGCUUGUCAUAUAUAUGGAUACUUGUGUGACUUGAUGGAAAGCAAUAAUGCACUAGUUUUGGGUGAGAAUCAUCGGAACUUACCAAUCCUUGUACAGAUAAUCGCUGAAGCUUUACACCACAGUGUUCUAGACAAAGAUGAAGAAGUGAAAAAUAGAGUACUUGGCCUUGCAAGAACUGCAAUGGCAAACCAAGAAGUGUGUCAAGCCUGUUUAAGUAUACUGAACGAGGACCAGAAGACGGCAUUACAGGACGAACUCUCUAAACCAGUACCUGCCCCACAACAAUGACAACAAGAAUGAAUUAGUCGGAAAAAAACAUUGAAAAACCAAUCACAUCUGCAAAUAAAUUUUUCAAUAUAGUGAAAAGAGCAGGAUGAUCAAGUUUCAAUAAACUUUAGAAAAUAAUUUUGCCUGCUUUGCAUUUCUUCAAAGUGCUUUGAUGAGAGAAAAAAUUUUCCAAUGAAGUUUUCCAUUCACCUGUUUGCAUAUUCCUGCAAUUACAGACUUAACGAGUGAAGUUAUUUCCUCAGAAGGAAGUCUUCCCCGUGCUUGCUGGCAACUGCUGCAUUUGAAAAUGCUACCAACGAGGGAAAGUAACAAUUGUUUAGCUGAAUUGAGACAUACACCACACAGUUGUUUCUGAAAUAAUGCUAUCAAAGUUCUUUUCUGGGAAAGCAGAUUUUCAGGAAACUUAAUAAGAGUGAAAAAUUCAGCUGUGUGUUACAGCUUGAUAGAAAGGGUAUAACUACGUAUUCAAAUUGAUACCCUAACAGCUUUUUGUCUUUCAUUUGGUGUUGAAUUCGCAUGUGUUAUUUUUGUCCAAGAUUAUUUGUUGCUACUGUUUGAAAUUGCAUGGCAAAAUUUAUGAAGAAUGGCAAUCUGGCCUUCGCAGACAAGUGCAAUUUUUAUGAGUCUAUAUGCAACAUGUUUGAUUGUAUACAAUCAGUUACAAAACAUUUUAUAAUUUAGAUACGGUAAAAAGAUCUUUGAAAUUUUGUGGAGUUCUGUAUUUAAAAUUAAUCUCUUAAAUAGUAAGACAUUAAAGAGGCUGCUCAAUCCAGGGGUCGUGUGUUCGAGCCCCACUGGGGUCAUGAGCAUUACUUCUCAUAUGAUGCCAGUACUGGUUUUUCCAGGAAGGGGACUCAAGGGUGGUUCCAAUAAGCUUGAAGCUUUAAUCAAAAUAGAGACAAAACAAAUUAGUAUAAACUAAAGAGACUGUUUCUGUUUGAAGAUUUUUUUAACACCAAUCUUGUUUGAUUUGAGUUUGAAUUUUACAUAAGUGCUGCCAUUGUCUUAAUACUUGUGUUACACAAUUGAAUUAAAAAUAAAUGAAGUUUUAAUGUUUAGACAUAGUUUAAACAUUCAGAAUUGAAUAUUUGUGACUACCUGUUUAUGGUCAGUGUGUAUUUUGUUGUGAAAUAUAUUAUGCAUGAUUGGCUUAUCAGUUUGAGAUUUUUACAAGCUUUGCUAAACAUUUUGUUAAGUUCAAAUGCUAUUUCAAAAGGAUUUCAAGGUUUCUUGCAAUUUUCAUGUUUUUUUUAAAUCCCAAAUAGAAAAAUGAUUGAAAUCUUGUAAAUAUAUUUUGUAUGCAACAUAUAUACAUAUAUUUAAAUCAUCAUGUCAUAGAAUCAACAUUUAAUAUAUUCUGUGUCCAUUACUUACUUGUGUACUAGCAUUCUAUGUAAGUUAUAUGUGUGUUUAGCAAGGUCAGACAUACAUUUCUCAGGAUCAUGUGUUAAAGUGUGUUUUACAUGUAUUAAAAUGUUUUAUUUAGUAUGAUUGUAAUAAACAACCCCUGUAUGUGAACAGGCCCCAUGUGGUUCUGGGACGAUCUAUGUAUACCACUGCCUUACCCUUGCAUGAUCGUAAGAGGCGACUAAUAGGGUCUUAACACUUGGUUUUGCUGUAACUCUGUGAUGCCAGCAGGUAUGCAAAUUUUGAUUCCAUACCUCAUGUUUUUAUUUCGAUGUAAAUGAGAUGUGAAACCAAAAUUUGUAGUCCUGUUUGGCGCCAUAUAACCUAUACUGUGUUGGUGCGCCGUAAAACCCAAAUAAAUAAAUGUAUGUGAACAGAAGAAAGGAAAAGAAAAAAAAAUCUCUGUUCAUCUAAAACUUUGAUUUCAAAAUCUUUACAAAUAUGAAAGUUUUUAAUAAAGUGAUGCAUAUAUUUUGUAAAGAGGUUGUGAGUUUACAAUGCCAUUUGUAAAAGAAUUAAUUUUCUUGUAAUGUGUGCUUAACUAGCCCCGUCUUAAUUUGAAAUUCAAGGGUGGUAGUUUUUAUUCACUAUCCUUUUUAUACGCCUGUCUCUGAAAGAGCAGGGCGUAUUAUGUGAACACCUGUGGCGGGCGGGCGGUUGGCGUCCAAAAGCAUGUCCGCUCUCAAAGUCUAACAGUUUUCAUCCGAUCUUUACCAAACUUGGUGACAAUGUUUGUGGCCAUAAUAUAUCGGCCAAGUUCGAUAAGCAGCCAAAUUGCCCCAGGCACUCUUGGAUUAUUGCCCUUGAAUUACUUGAAAAACUGCGAAUUUAGCCUUCUCCGCUCUCUAAGUCAAACAAUUUUCAUCCGAUCUUCACCAAACUUUGUGACAAUGUUUGUGGGCAUAAUAUCUCAGCCAAGUUUGAUAACCAGCCAGAUCGUUCUAGGUGCUCUUGGAUUAUUUGUGGGCAUAAUAUUUCGACAAAGUUCGAUAACCAGCCAAAGCACCCUAGGCACUCUCGAAUUAUGGCGCUUGAAUUAUUAAAAAAAAAUGCAAAUUUAGCCUUGUCCGCGGUCUAAGUCAAACAGUUUUCAUCCAGUCUUCCACAAACUUGCAGAUAAUGUUUGUGGGCAUAAUAUAAUAUCUCAGCCAAGUUCAAUAACCAGCCAAAACGACCCAGGCACUGGUAUUAUGGCCCUUGAAUUACUCGAAAUCUGCAAAUUUAGCCUUGUCCACUGUCUAAAUUGAACAGUUUUCAUCCGAUAUUCCCCAAACUUGCUGACAAUGUUUGUGAGCAUAAUAUCUCAGCCAAGUUUGAUAACCAGCAAAAUUGCCCCAGACACACUUGGAUUAUGGCCCUUGAUUUAUAAACUAAUGAUUUUAUUAGGGGCUUGAAUAAGAUAUUAUAAACUGUACAAAUGUAGCUCCAAUGAAUAGUUACUUUCAGCAAUGUAGAGAAACUUAGAAGAAAGUUUUGGCAAGUUGAAUAAAUGAAGUUUCCAAGUGUCUUUGUGUAAAUUCUAGGUUGAAAAUGUUGAUGCAUUUUACUGUCUAACUUUCUCCUUCGUUUUGAUGUUUUGGUGCAUUCAAAGUGCUAUGCUUUUGUUAAUCAAGUGAUAUAUUAGGGGAUUGUUUGUUGAUUUUCUCAUUGAAUUGUUGAUGCUUUUUUGUCAAACAUGCCCAUGAAUUCAUUUCUCAGAUAAUUCCAUGUAAAUGCUGUAAAAAGAAAUAAAAAAAAACAUGUAUAUCAUUCACCAA